UGAUCCUAUAGACAGGGCGUAUACUCGGUAGGCCGUCUCACUCUCUGGCCAGGCUGCUAAAUCCCGACCGGCGAUUUCUCCUCUCCACCUCCAUGCAGCAUGUCUUAUUGUCUACGCAGUAGACUGCUGCUGCUUCACGACGCGUUCUAAAACAGUUCAACCGAGUGAAUCCUCUGCCUCCUCCUGUCUCCUCCACAGAGACACGACAUGUCAGCCUGGGUCAUCGUCCACUCCGCAUAGCCGAUCCCCGACCGCUGCCGACAGAACGUGAACCUGCCGAUGGAACAUAGGUAUUUACGACGCAUGAAGUACUUGCUGCGAUGAAUGGUUGGGUCGAGGGUACCACUGCCAGCCGCCGGCUGCCGAACCGUGGUCAGGGCAACGCGGGCAAUGAGAACCAGAGUCGGGCGGCCGCCCUGCAAGGAGCGGCGCUGGCUUUCCAGGCCAGUUCGGCCAGAAUCCCCUUGUCAGACGUCAAGGAUAAGGCAAGGAGGGAUCUAGGCGCCCUAUCCGCCGCAAUGCUGGCGGGUAAUACUAGCAGCAGCAGCAGCAGCAGCAGCAGUACUACGAAGCGGUCUCCCGAACGAGGGAAUGAUCACCAGGAUACUUCACGAGCUCGAUCGCCGCCCCCUCCAGAGCUGGGCUCGGUCAGGGACAAGAUCGGGCGGUAUACAGCCAUUUCGACCGAUCCUUCGCCGGCAGAGCUAGCUAGAGCUAAGAAACCGCAACAGAUUGCGGCGCGUCUGGCUGCAGAGCGAUCUCCGGAGCCCAAACAGAAGCCGGGGCUCACUCCCAACAGCAGCUCCAUCCAGCAGGCCGAAGCCUUUAUCCGGGCGCGGACGGACAUUCCUCCACGAGAAUAUGAGCUGGAUCAGGGGCUUCUGGCGCCGAGACCGAUCCGACAGAUCCCUCCGAAACCGAUCAUUGCCCUCGACAGCCUAGGCGCGGACCGUAGUCCGCCGAGGCCACUCUCUCAGAGGCCUGCAAGCUCCGCUUCCUCUUAUCAGAUGAACAACACAAGGCUCCGACUCGACCGGGAUGACUCUCUCGGUUUGAUGACGGGUCCGCCGCUACCUAUUCGUACGAGACCAUCGGUCGAGCCGCCCGGACCCAGACUGCCACCGAAAUCAAACGACAGAAACAUAAUGGAUAAACCGGCCAGGACUCCAUAUAUCCCGCCCACAGCCACACUGCGCAGCCAUGACCUACUCCAGCUGGACGUUGACGAACCCGAAUCUUCUCCCCUCCCCCCGCGGCGGCCCGUCACAUCGAGCGCGGCCUCGUUUUCCAGCCGCUCCCAGGCCGGCGGCGGCUCCGGCUCCCUGCUUGACCUGCCCAUCGGCCUGGACGAAGGCGCCCUCUCGGACGCGAUCGUCGCCUCGUCGCUCGCCUCGGCGCGUAUAUCCCCCGCCGGGGCAUCUACGUCAACGUCAACAGCAGUACCACCUCCGGUUCCACCCCCACGACGACGACAGCGAGCUCACUCGUUGCUCCACCCGGGGUCUUCCUCUUCUUUGUCACGGAAGGACACCACAGCUUCAUUGUCCUCGCGAACGCCGAGCCCGAAAAAGACGCUCCGCACGACACUCCGCGAACCCCCGAGCUCCAGCGACGACGAAGACAGCAACCCCAAUCAACGCCGCACCCGGCUGAUCCGCAAACACCCGCACAAGCACCAUGAGGGCGACCGUCGUCGGUACCGCAGCGAGAUCACCGAGCGCGAGCGGAAACGCUACGAGGGCGUCUGGGCCGCCAACAAGGGCUUAUUCGUCUACGAUGACGUUCCCUUCUAUCCCGCGAACGCCUCGUCCGAGAUGGUCCUCAACCUUGUUGUCCGCGACAUCUGGUCGCGCAGCCGAUUACCCCCUUUUAUCCUCGAGCAGAUCUGGGACCUCGUCGAUCAGUCGGGUAUCGGACUGCUCUCGCGCGAGGAGUUUGUCGUCGGUAUGUGGCUGAUCGAUCAGCGGCUCAAGGGACAUAAACUGCCCAGUAAAGUGCCGGAGAGUGUGUGGGAGGGAGUCCGUCAUAUUCCAGGGCUGAAGCCAUAAACCUCGUGUGUACAGAAAAGGCAUUUACGAUAUAGAAUAUAACAAUAACACAUCCUGCCAG